AUGCCUGCGAAAGAACUGGCAAACCCGUGUGUGGACUGUGGUGAAGCUGAAUUUGUGGUGGACGUACGGUCUCGCCGCCUCUGCAAGCCGUGCUUUGAACGAUAUGUGAGCCUCAAAGUCCUCCGGCGCAUCGAGAACUAUCGCCGCCCCAAGUCCGUGCCAAAAGGUCAACCGUAUAAGCUGUUGCUCCCCCUUUCAUUUGGCCUCUCUUCCUCGGUGAUGCUGCAUGCUGUGAAUGCCCAGUUGGAGCGUCAGCUCUCGAAACCAUAUCCUAUGGUGGGCUUCGAAGUCCAUGUGCUCAUUAUUGAACCAUCGAGUAUCUCUCCCUCCAGCGCUUCCGCCGAAUCCCGCUUCGAUCUUCUCAAAAAAACCUUUCCCAGACACUCGUACAACAUGCUCCCGUUCCAUAGUAUUUAUGAAUACGAACCGACUAUACAAAACGUUAUGACACAGUUCGCUGGAGAAGAGUUUGUGGAUGAUGCCUCUCUAUCCCAUAAAGAGCGCCUGGAUGCUUUCCGCGCGUCUAUCGCAACGGCCACUUCGAAGGUGGAUGUCGACCAGGUCUUGUUGAACAGGCUGAUUGUCGCGUACGCGAAGGAAUUAAACUGUGAUGCAAUCUUAUGGGGUGACUCGGACAGUCGCUUGGCGGCGAAGACACUUGCCAAUGUCGCCAAGGGGCGUGGCUCUGCAUUGACAUGGCAGGUUUCUGAUGGCAAGUCACCGUCAGGCUUCGAAUUCAAUUUCCCGCUACGAGAUCUAUUCCAAGCAGAGCUACACAGCUAUGCUAAUCUCAUCCCGGAGCUUAUGGCUAUCAUCAUACCGGACCAGCCUUCAUCGGAUAACACACUCACCAAGAAUUUAUCAAUUGAUGAACUGAUGAUGCGGUACGUCCAGACUCAUGGCGAGAAAUACCCUGGUGUUAUGGCAAAUGUGACAAGGACUGCCAACAAGCUUCAGCCAGCAGCAGUGCCUGCUAAAGCCCAGCGUUGCGCAUUUUGUGACGCUUUUAUGGGAGACUCAGACGAGAAAAGAGAGUUCUGCUAUGCCUGCGUUAGAUCUCGCCCUGAUCUGGCUUGCUGA